UGUUUGUUGUUGCUAUGUGUUGUGGUUCACAGUGUGUUGUGGAGGCGAGAGUGUGGAGGUCAAGCACUUGGUGUACCUGGGCCCUCUCCUGCUACUCUCUCUCUUUAUCUCACUCUGGUCUACCUCACCCACCAUGUUGAGUGCCAGGUUUAUGUCAGGGUUGUUGCGGUUGAGCCCAUCAGUGCUUAGUGUACGUGCAAUGUCAGCCCAACCAGGCGAUGGAUACACCUUCGAGACACUGGCAGUUUCUGUGCCAAAAGAUCACGUCUUCCAUGUCCAACUCAACCGAACAGAAAAGCUUAAUGCGUUGAAUAAAAUUAUGUGGAGGGAAGUAGGCGAGUGUUUUGAUAAGCUGGCCGAGGACCCGGACUGCAGGGCAGUGGUGCUGAGUGGUACUGGCAAAUUGUUUACCACAGGCAUUGACCUUGGUGAUUUAACACAAAUGGCUGGCAUUGUUAUGAGCGAUGAUGAUGUGGCUCGUAAAUGUCGCGCAUUACGGAAAAUUAUAUCAAGUUAUCAGGAGUCUUUCACUGCCAUAGAGAAGUGUCCAAAGCCAGUCAUAUCCGCUGUGCAUAAUGCCUGUAUUGGUGCAGGAGUGGAUCUGAUUUGUUCAGCAGAUAUAAGAUAUUGCUCCUCUGAUGCCUGGUUCCAAGUAAAGGAAGUUGAUGUUGGCUUAGCAGCUGAUGUUGGGACACUACAACGCCUCCCAAAGAUCAUAGGAAAUCAAAGCCUUGUUCGUGAGUUAUGUUUCUCAGCCAGGAAGUUCUUUUCUUCUGAGGCGCUCCAGUGUGGUUUUGUGUCAAGAGUUUUCGAAGACAAGGACAGCUUGUUAGAAGCAGCUCUAGAUAUGGCCUCCACCAUUGCCAGCAAGUCUCCUGUUGCUGUCCAAACUACAAAAAUUGCCUUGGUGCAUAGUAGGGACCAUUCUGUCCAAGAAGGACUAGACAACCUUGCAAAUAUAAACAUGACAAUGUUACAAAGUGAAGAUCUACGUAUAUCUGCAAUGUCUCUAAUGAGCAAGGGGAAGACCAAGGCAGUAUUUGCAAAGCUCUAGAAUAAAUUGUCACAUUUCUCUGAAAAUUUUCUUGAAGAAAAGCCUCAUUUUACACUGUUAGGGUUAAAUAAAUUGCUGUAUAUCUGUGAACAUAACUUGUAUACUCAUGCAUGUAAAGUUAGAUUUGCAUAAUAAUAUUUUGCCUAAUUUGCCCAAAGCAUGAGUUAAGAGAAAAUACACACUGGCAGAGCAAUUACUGUCUUUAAUGAUGUGGUUGAGGUAAUAUCUGGAUGGUCCCCUUAUAAGAUCUGCCCACAUUGGGCUCUUGUAUUUCAUGAAUUUUUUAUUGAAAAUGCAGAAUGAUUUUCAGAAAUUCUCUGAUCACUGCAUUUCAGUAUCUUCAAAACGUUUACGAAUAAUGCUAAAAUGUGUCAUUGGAAUGUUAAGCUGCUCUCCCUAUGGAUCAUCAAAGCAUGCAGUCCUCCCUUACCAUAUAAACAGUGUAGAAGAAGUUUUUCAAGAAAGGGCUAGUUAAAGAGCAUAUAAGCACUUCGUCUGUUACCCACAACAGUAUGUAAUUUAAAUGUCAAAAGACUGUUCACUGAGCAUUAGGGAUAACAUGUUUUUAUUAUUACUUAUAAGUAUUAAAUUUUUUAGUGAUCUAGUAAUGUAAAGUAACCAGUUACUGUAGGGGUAGUUUUUACCCCUACAGUAACCAGUUACUGUUUUUUGUAGGGGUUCAGAGAUUCCAUUUCAAUCCUUUUGCAUAGUUAGCCUUUGAGAAAAUACAUUUAAGAAAUACAUUUCUUAAAUUUUUUACAGCCAUUAUUAUAUUUGUACAAAAUUUUACCAGGGUCUUGCCAGUAUACCUUAACAUGUACAUAGUUUGGUUAUGGGUCAUAGCAUAUGUUGUAAAUAAAGAAAAAAUGGGGGUAGUGUUGGGUAGGAGAAUAACAUUUAUACCUACAAGAUACCUUCAAAUGCUUUUCAACUGGCAGCCCUUUUCUACUGUGCAUGUCUCAUUUACAAUGAAACAUGUAUUUUAUUAGUAGUACUGUACUAUAGUAUAUAGUCCUAUUUUAAUACAUUGUAUAUUGGGA